AACCUCCAAAUACGGUAAAUUAUAGAAGAAUCGAAAGCUUAAAGAAUUAUGGAGGUCAUGAGUAACUGCAGGGAGAAAGGAGAGAAAGAAGAAGUAUUAGGAGGAGAGGAUGAGAUCCUCAAGAAGAGAAUCUCUAGCCAUCCUUCUUAUGGCCAGUUGGUUGAGGCUCACUUGGGCUGUUUAAAGGUUGGAGCCAUGGUGAAAUUUGACAGAAAUCACAUUAGGGAUCAGAUCAAGCAACAAGAAAACAACUCCAGCUCCCUUGGCAUGGCUAGUAGUAGUACUACUCGAUCUGAGCUAGAUCACUUCAUGGAAGCAUAUUGCUUAGCUUUGCGAAAGCUGAAAGAAGCAAUGGAGGAACCCCAACAAACAUCCAUGGCUUUCAUCAACGACAUGCAUUCACAACUUCAGGAGCUCAUGAUGACAAGCACUGGCCAUCCUGUAGUAUCUGCUGAACCUGCCACCAGUACUACUACUGCUACAGCUUCUUCUUCUUCUGGUCAUGAUCAAUGA